UGCUCCUGCAAGGAUGUAGCUGUCAGCUGGAUGAGUUUGGCAGAUAUGACGUGAGCUGUUUACACAAAUUUCAAGAUGUGUGAUCAUGGAGAUGGGGACGCGGAGGCGAGCUCAUCUUCCACUUUCAGACCGUCUUUUGCUCUGGGUAAAGGACUGCCAGGGCGAAUUUCACACAAUGCUCCUCCACCAGGCAGACUGACCUCCCUGCGAUCCAGAGACCUGACCCUGGGGGGAUUUAAAAAGAAAACCUUUGUACCAAAUGUUCACUCCGUUCGCAAAAGUAAAGAUGAGUUACAGGAGGAGCCUCACAGUGCACCAAAGAAAGAGAGAAGAGACAGGGAAGACAGACAUCGAGAGAGACGACAGCGACGAGAAAAGCCUCAAACCAUUCAGUCUCACUCCAUCUUUGAGCAGGGCCCUGCUGACACAUAUAGGAAACUAGGUAAUUGGGGCGGCUCUAACCUGACUGCUUGUGAUCCUGCACUGGUCACAAAAUGCAUUAAAAAAGAAAAGAACAACACAGAGGACGACGAUAAUGCAAUUUUGCAAAAACUCACACGAGAUAAUUUUUUGGAUGAUCCUGGACUAAAAAACGACCCUAAGCAAAGACCAAUCAGACUUCCACUCCAUCAGUCAUGCAACUUUUUGUCAACGGAUGCAGCUAGUUCAUUUAAAGAAGAGACAACGUCUGAUAACCCAAGGCAGUCAGCAAGAGUUGAGCAGAAAUACCCACCGACAUCGAGGAGCUCAUCUGCAGGUCCAGAACAGCCAACAGUUGGAGAACUUUUCCAGCAGCUCAGCGUUUCAGAUAAAGAAGAACUGCUGUUUAUUCAGCUUCCAGAUACCAUUCCUGGUCAACCUAAAACCUCCAGCCCAGAGAAAACCAGAAAGGAUGGCAAGACUGAAGAGAAGCGGACAGCGCAUAUUAAAGCUCUAGACAAGCCUGAUAAAAGCACCGUUCCUGUUUUGUCAGACUUCUCAGAGGGUCUGAUUGGAAAACUGCAAAUCAGAAAGUCUGGUAAAGUCCAGCUGGUCAUGGGAAAUGUUACACUAGACGUUUCAGAGGGAGCAGCCUUCUCUUUCCUGCAGCAACUGGUGUGUGUGCGUCUGUCGGAGGGCCUCACCGGUGACAUGACCGUGCUCGGAAACAUCACACACAAGCUGGUGUGUUCGCCCGACUUUGAGACUUUACUGCAAGAAGCCAAAUUACCGUCGGAUCCUCGCUCUGUUUCUAAGUCCUGAUUUUAUCACGCAGGGAUAUUUAAACUAAUGAUGUAAAUAGCUGUUUUUAUAAUGUUUCAUUUGUGAAGUUAAGUGUCCUGACAGUUACAUUAUAAGCUAAUAUUUGACAUUUAAUGGGGUAAAAACAUUUUUUAAAUGGGAUUUUGCUCACCAAGGCUGAAUUUAUUGAACAUAAAAUACAGUAAAAACAAUAAUAUUGUAAAGUGUCAUUACAUUUAAAACAUUUUUUUCUAGUUCAGGGUUUUCUGCAGGUUUACUCAGGUCAAGUUUAAGACUUUAUAAGACCUUUUUAAAACCAUCAAGAAUGAAAUUUCAGACUUAUAAAGGGCUAAACGCUAAGAAGUUUUGAAUGGCCCAGCAGAAAAAAAAAAGUUGCGCCAUCAAGAAACAAAUUCUAAUUAGCAAUUUCUUAGCCACAUAAUUUAAAUAAUGUCAAAUCAAGCAGACCCUAAUUGUAUACAUGCACAUUUUUUCAGCAUAACAUAAAAAAACUUUAAUAAACUAAAUGAAUGCACAAUAGACUGUUAGUUAUGAAUAUAAUUUUGAUGUUUGAUAAUUGGAUGUUGGAUUUGGUGUUGGAUCAAUUGAGUAGCUUUAGAUAAAUACUAAGACCUGUUUAAAAUUACUUAAGACUUACAAGACCAAUAUUCCAGUAAAUAUAAGACUUUUUAAGGCCUAAAAUUUACUUUUUGAAAUUUAAGACUUUAGGACCCGUCGGACACCCUGUAGUUAUUUUAAAAUUGAAAGUAUUCAUAUGAUGGUAAAGCUGAAUUUUCAGAAUUUUUACAGUGGUCGGAUCAUAAUAUGUUGAAAACUCGGCUAUGCAUAUGAUUUUUGUGGAAACAGUCAUACAACACAUUUCAAAUUCAAUAAUAAUUCAGUAAUACAAGGUAUUCAUAUUUUUACACCUAGUUAAAUCAAUAUUUAUUUGUGAUUAAUGCUUUAUAGAAUUAAUGCAAUAAACUGAUUAUAAUAACAGAGUUUCUGCAGGUUUCACCAAGUUAAGACAUUUUUAAGACCAUUAUGAGUGAAAUUUUAGACUCAUACCGGGCUAAUUUUUAUUUUUCCUUUCCAAAAAAUUAUUUAAUUGAAUAAAUGUAGCGGCGACAUGGUGGCUCAGUGGUUAGAACUGUCGCCUCACAGCAAGAAGGUCACUGGUUCAAGUCCUGGUUGGGUCAGUUGGCAUUUCUGUGUGGAGUUUACAAGUUCUCCCCGUGUUCGUGUGGGUUUCCUCCGGUCUCUCCGGUUUCACGUUCACAUUUUAAAGUUAAAAGUUUUAUUGAGAUCGAUUGGAUGGGUGUUGGCCAGAUUAGGUAGCAACAUGUGAACAAAGGAAAAUUAAGACCGGUUUAAAAAAGAUUUACGACCUACAACACAAUAUAACAGUACAUUUUUAAGGCCUGAAAUUUAGUUUUUGAGAUUUUAAGGCGUUUUAAGACAUUUUAAGACCCCGUGGACACCCUGAAUAAAAACUUUGUAAUAAAUGAGUUGUUUCUAUAAACUUUCUAUUCAUAAAAGAAUCACGAGAAAAGUUUUUACUAACAUAUUAUGCAGCAAAAUCUUUUUCAACAUUGAUAAUAACACUAAUAAAUGAGCAGCAAAUCAGCAUACUAUAGAUUUUUUUAGGGAUCAUGUGACACUGACGACUGCAGUUUAGCUAGUAAUUUGAAAGUAUUAAAAUUUACAGUGGUAAAUAUUUUUAAAAAUACUAUUUUUACUGUAUUUUUGACAAAUAAACUCACCUUGUAGAGCCAAAAACUUUUACAAAUCACAAUUAUUAGGUUUUUACCCCUAGUCUUGCACUUAAAAAUGAAAAUUAUGUCAUUUACUCAUUCAUUGUAUCGAAAAAGAGAAAUUUAGGAAACAUAAAACUCAAGCUGUUUUAUUUCCAUCCGGUUUCUUUAAGACUAGAGGUCACAAAACAAAAAAUGAUACAAAACUAUUCACUGAAAGGUCAUUGCCAUGGCAAGCAGAUUUCACUUUAGCAUUUUUAUAUUUUUAAAGUUGAUGCCUUUUAUGUUGUUUUUUUUCUUUGCUUUGAGUUAGUACGAACCCUUAUCCUAAAUCUUGGGCACACUGUAGAAUCAUGUUUUCUGAAAGAAAAAAAAAUGCACAAUUAUUUUUUUUUAAUUUUAAGACAUGCGCAGUCAUACAGGUUUGGAAUGUAUGGGCAAGUGAAUGACAUUUUCAUUAUUAAAUUGAACCGUUCCUUUAAAGGGGCCAUAUAAUAUGUGUUUUACACUUCCAGCGUUCUGCUGUGUUAACGUUGCUGUUUGAGCAUGAGAAACAGAUCUGCAAACAUGCAGUCUGACAGCAGCUUUCCGUGUGUCUGUACUGGAAAACUGUACAUCAGGAGUGUAGACUGACCAGACGUUUGUGUGCAUGCAGAUGCAUUGUUUGUUUGUUUGUUGUUGUUGAAGCUUUAAAGGCUCCGCCCUCUUCUCGAAUAGGGGUGGGGAGAAGCAGCAUCUUAUUUAUGUUUAAGGCAAAGCACUGCUAGCGAAUAGGGUUAAAAAAAAUUAACUAACACCCAUUUUAUUAAAUAUGUGCUAAUUUGCAUACAUUUCAAGCACAGCAUUUUAAAAUUGAAUACAGUCAGGUUCUAAUUAACUUUUUUUUUUUCAAAAUUAGCAUUUAGGUAUUUUUAGAGAGAAAAAUAUAUAAUGAGAAAAUAAUAAUUGAAUACAAUUAAAAGUAUGGAUUGAAAUUUAAAUCUAAAGAUACAAAUUGAGAAAGUGUGACAUAAGAAACACUUAAAAGUGUAUUUUGAUGUUUUCUUUUACAUUAGACUGAAAAAACAUGCACAACAAGACCUUAAAUAGAUUUUUUUUAUUGCCUGCAGUGUCCUGCCUUAAAGAAGCAUGCAUGAAAUCAGUGUUUUUGCUUUAGCCCAAAAUUGGACAUUUUAUAAAUGAUCCAUGAGUUAUUUUAAGCUGAAGAUUCUCAAACACAUUCGUACACGUCGAAGGUGAUAAAAUAUAUAUAAUAUGAUCCCUUUAACCCUUGUGUGCUGUUGGGGAUGUUUUCAUGCACUCUGGUGAUUUUGAGGCUUACUU